AUGGAAGUCAAUGUAGACGAAUCAAUGGAGACCAUAAUUGGGGAGGUAAUGAACAGUAGCAAGUUUUGGAUUUUUAUUUUGACUGCUGAAGGAACGCUAGUGAAUGAAAUGAAGCAGCACUGUAAGGUGAAGGCUGUAGAAGCUGCAUUAAAAAGUACAAUAUCUGCCAUCAAUAAACAAACCAUAAAUAGCAAGCAAUUUUUACUUCUGUUGAACAAAGAACUUGAAUCAAAAGGCCUUCUUUUUUGUAUGACUGAAAAUAAACAUCAGCUAGAAAGGCAAAUAGGGAGAUAUGAGAAGAACAUACAUGAUUAUCAGUAUAAUCUAGAAAUGAUAGAAGAUACAUUUAGAAAAUUGAAAUGGAUUUCAGUUCGUAAAUUGCAGUUGUUACUGAAAAAAUGUAUAGACUAUACAAAAACUCAAAACGAUAAUUUGUUGAUUGGGAAUUUAACUGUACAAGAAUUGUCAAAUACAAUACCUGAAAUUCAGUUAGUUCAAGAUAUUGCAGAACAUUGCAAACACAUUGUAACUGCAGUUUCCACCUGUGUCUUCGGGAAUAUAAUAAGACAGUAUUUUGAAAACAAUGAGAAAGAACUUGAGGAAAUUGAAAAUGAGUCUGAAGAAGGUUUCGCGGACGAAGAAUUAUCAUUGACUUAUCUCUUUAAUGAAAAUUUUAUAAAAAGUCAUCACGGAAAACAUGUUAGUCUACAAUCAGUCCUAAGAAUUGUAGAAAUUAUUGCGAAAGACUGUUUUGGACGAUACAAACAGCUAUGGGGCAAUUAUGCAAAUGAAACAGAGCACAGUAUUUCUGAACUGAGAACCAUGUUCUUAGGCGUGAAGGAUAUGGACAAAGAGAUUAUACAAGCAGAAAGAACAUGUAUAUUUAGACUUAAACCUCCUACGCGAAAUAGUCUCAUUCGUUUUUCAAAUCUCCCUUCUUAUGGUCAGACAGUCGAUACUAUCAAGGUCGCAGCUAAAACGUUCAAAUUUGAUAACAAGGAAGACUCGCUUUAUCUCGAUACUGUGCAAAAAUUUGAAGGUUUGUUAAGUGGAAACCUAUCUGGUGUUACAUUACAAGACAUGACACCAAUUUUAAACCAGAUUGAUAUUGUACACAACGUUAUUAACUCUGAUCUACAAGAUAUUCUUCAGGCGUUAAAAACGUCCUCUGCAUUGCUUGAUUUUCUUAGGGAAGUUGCAGACGAUGACCUUCGCAACCUGAUUGACGCAGUAGAAGAACAUUCUGAACAAUAUGUCAUGGAAUCCACUGUUUCGGAUUUAAUAGAAAUAAAGCGCUUUUUCAAUCCAGUUCUGAAGGGGAACUUUUUGGAAAAUAUAGGUAAACUCUUCGAAUUGCUACAGAGGCAGGUUGAAAAUAUUGGAAAUAACAAGAUUCCAGAAAAAAUAAAUAUUUGUCGUGACAACCUUCAUUCAUUGAAAGCUCUUUAUCGCAAUGCUGCUAAUAGAGGAGAACGCACUGUUGAAGUUAUAGAAAAUAUUCUACAAAAAGGGGUAUUUCGUUUUUUGCUUAAAUCCAGAUCAUGUGAAGUUACCACGGAAUACAAAAAGGUAAAAAAGAAAUAUAAACAAUCUGGCGCUGAUUUAAGUGAUCUAAGAAGUAGAGCUCUCCUACUUAUGAAUGCAGAUGAUAGAGAUAAAAGUAAAUCAAAAAGUGUUCGGAAAGACGAUCUAGAAAAAUUUGUUUAUAUAGUAGACGAAGCAUUUGAAGUUGCAGGGAUUUGCAUGCAGCUAAAACGAGCUGGGCAUUUUGAAUUUUCAAAGUAUGAAGAAAACUGCAGACGUGAAAACCUGACUUAUUUAAAGUGUCAAUUACAACAUCAAUAUGAAGAGUGGAUAUCGGAGAUUCAUGCGUGUCGUAAGAAGUAUUACUACUUGAAUUUUCUAUAUGCAGAUCAACUUUAUGAGUUGUAUUCUUUUCUUCACAAUUUCAAAAAGAAUGAUGUCAUUGUAAUGGCGAUCCUUAGAUUUAUCAACCCAUCCAUUGAGGAUUUACAAAAGAUCACACUCAUUUAUAAUUCUCUUAAAAUUGUUUCAAGCGGUGAUCAUAUUGCCGCACUUGAAAACAUUGGUCAAACUUUAGAAGAACUGUACAGUGGGAUGAAAACAACACCAACACAAUUCCUAGAAUGUCCUGAAAACACCAAUCUAGCCGAAAAAGUCCAACCUGGAGUACCAUAUGUAACGUCUUUAGCCGAUGGAAGUCCUCUAGUUAUUAGAACAUUACUUGCUCUCUACUUAAAUACUACUGGAAUGUUUCCUCAAGCUAAUCAAGUUCUUUUCUGCAGAAAAGAUACCACAUACGACGAAAUAACUCUUCUUUUAAAUAGAUGUAUACAAAAACAGUCCAUUCGAAAAGCCUUAUAUUCAAUAGCGAAUAUUGAGUUACUACCAUCAGAAGUACAAUUUUGUCUGCAUAAUGAAAUUAGACGACUGUUAAUAUGUUCAAACGGAUACGAUUUCUUGCUGUGUUUAUUAUGCCGAGGUCACGAAAAUCAUCCAUUUUUGGACCAAUUUGCAGAUAUCCUGUCAAGACCGUCUCCCUUAUCUGAUUUGAAAUUGAAACAAUAUUUAAUUGAGCAAUGGUCGCAUGUGACAGUUGUUACUUCAGAUGUACCUGGAUUAGGAAAAUCUGAGUUCAUUCAGAGAAACGCGAUUGCUGAUAAGAAACGACCAGUUUGUAUUCACAUCAGUGGACCGUUUAACAGACUGUCCAUUAUAGAAGAAUUGAUCAAAAUUAGGUUGAAAAGUUACCACGUAUUACAUCUUGACAUUGGUGUUAUCUCAGAUCCUAAUGAACUAGAUUUGUUCAUGUUUGAGAUGAUUGUUUUACGAUACGUUUCUGCAGGAUCAACGGCUUAUGCUUUAGCGUCCACCAGUAUAUCCAUAGAAAUUGCAAACACCAUACAUGACGAACUUAGGGACUCUCUGCCAACUGUCACCUGUUUUUCUCGAGAAAAUUUACAGUGGAACUGUUAUAGCGACCUACGCGUUAGUUCUGAAAUUAAUAGUCCAGUGCAAGUCGUUUGUCAUUAUUUGAAAGGUUUGGAUGAUGGUUUGAUUGAUACCCAGGACUUGUACUUUACCGGAACCAAUGCACUGAAGCCACUGACCAAUACAGAGUGUGCAAGAAUUCUUGGAAGUCAUUUCGAAGUGUCAGGGGAUAUGUCAUUUACAGUGAUGAAUAUUUUUAUCAAUGUGUUAGCAGAUCAACUCAAAAAGUUGUCAGCCAGUAUGUUUUUUAAGAGGUCCAGUCUGAAGGAAAUGAUGGAAAAGGGUCAACGUUCAUCUGUAAAAUCAAAUCUCGUGAAAGCUUUGAAAAAUGUCUCAAUGGAUUUUGCCGCUAGAUCAGUGAAUGCAUGUAGAUCUGCACAAACAGCAUCAGUUUUAUAUAAAACAACAGCUAUUGCAGAUAUAUUGGCUAGUCGAGUUUCUGGAAUGGUUCGAUGGGAAGACAGUAAUCAUUUGGUUGUUCUUUUUCAUCAAAAUGUUCAAACUGUUUCCGCUCUAUAUAGAAAUGUGAAAGAUGUGCCACUGUCCGUACGCAAUCUUUUUGAAAGUCAAGUGAAGAGAAAAUUGACAGAUUUUAAAGAAAAAUCUACAGAAGAACUAAAACACCUUUUGCUUAAGCUUACACGAAAUUCGAUAACAUCUAUGGAUAGGCAACAUAUUGCACUAUCUAUGACGAAAUACGCUUUAACACCGGACAACUUACUAAAAAUGGUACUUAUUUCCUUGAGAGUCAAUAGCAAUGUCCCUGUGUUGAUUAUGGGAGAAACUGGUUGUGGGAAAACUUCAUUGAUCCGUUUCUUAGCAAAAGUUUGUGAUGUUAAAUUUGAAGUUUUUACCAUUCAUGCAGGCAUUGAUGAAUCUGAUAUUAUUCGAAAAUUCAGUCACAUAAAUCAAACUGCCUUUCAACAUUUAGAUGAUCAGUUCUGGUUGUUUCUUGAUGAGAUAAACACUUGUAAUCAUCUGGGAUUGAUAACAGAUUCACUGUGCCAUCGAAUGCUUCUAGGGACAGAAAUUGCUCCUAAUCUUACAAUCCUGGCUGCUUGCAAUCCAUACAGACUUCGACAGGAAGAGGAAAUACUGACAACUGGUUUACAGGGGAAAAUCGGAAACGAUGAACUUUCAAGAUUAGUUUACAGAGUAAAUCCUCUACCAGAAGCUCUGAUUGACUAUGUUUGGGAUUAUGGAAGUCUAAGCAAUAUAGACGAAAAUUCUUAUAUCACAAAAAUGGUGGACUCUACUUUUCGAGAUAAAAAGCUUACAAUGCUCUUAACCAAAACGCUUGUAAUGUCACAACAUUUUGUUCGAAAUUUGGAAACAAAUGAUUACUGUGUAAGUCUAAGAGAUGUUGAUAGAUGUAGAAGGCUGGUGGAGUGGUUCGACAACACUUUUCUGAUUAAGAAGCAGAACAUACAAUCAGUUAAAAAUCGAAAACUCAGACCAGUAAUUUUGGGAUUAGCCGUUUGUUAUCACAGUAGAUUUUCAGAUGGUAUUAUUAGGAGAAAGUAUCGUGAAGAGAUAAAGAAGUGUAUUUGGUCAACAAUGUCCAAUGCGAUAACAGAAGAAGAAAUCCUGGACAUUAUUUUAACAGAGCAAAAAGACAUAGUAAACAUGAUGACAGAACUUCCUGCAGGUACAGCUUUAAAUGCAGCAUUACAGGAAAACGUGUUUAUGUUAUUGGUAUGUAUUUUGAAUAAAAUACCAAUAUUCCUGGUUGGAAAACCAGGCUGCAGUAAGUCGCUGUCAAUGCAGCUGAUACGCAGUAAUCUUCGAGGAAAAGAUUCAACUGCUCACUUGUUUCAAGAAAUGCCACAACUGUUUUGUGUGUCUUUUCAAGGUUCAGAGUCAUCAACCUCUGAUGGAAUUAUUAAAGUGUUUGAGAAAGCUGAGAAAUAUCAAAAGCACAAUGAUGAACGCGAUGUCUUGUCAGUUGUUAUACUAGAUGAAAUAGGUUUAGCAGAAAUAUCAAAAUUCAAUCCUCUCAAAGUGCUUCAUGGUCUUAUAGAACGACAAGACGAACAGAUUAAAGUUGCAGUUGUUGGAAUUUCCAACUGGGCAUUAGAUGCAGCAAAGAUGAAUAGAGCGAUUCAUCUGUCACGACCGGACAUGGACCUCGAGGAACUCAUAUACACUGGAAAAUCUAUUAGUAACAGCAUGAUGCCUUGCACAGUAGAAGCUAUAUAUGAUCUUGAGUCCAGUCUUGAUGAUAAUUUUGGACAGCAUUUGCAACCACUAACAACUCAAUUACUGGAAGGAAUAGCAAAGGCAUAUUAUGAAUAUUGUUCGCAUGACCAAAAGUUUCCAAACUUCCAUGGGCUUCGCGAUUUUUAUUCCCUGAUCAAAUAUUUAGGACGGAAGGAAGCAGUAUACCAAAAUGCAGAUGAUGAAGAAAUUUGCGAAAUCAUUCUUACAGGAAUAUUUCGAAAUUUUGGUGGUCUUCCAACAGAGAAAAACAAAAUUUUUGAAAUUUUCAGGAAGAAUAUUCCGGGUAUAAAAUCUCAAGAAAUCCCUGUCACGAAGCUUAUUAUUGAAAACUUGCAGGACAAAUCCUGUCGCCAUUUAAUGCUUAUUACCAAUGGAGAUGCAGUUAUAAGUAUUCUCGAAAGCCAAUUAAGGCAUUUAGGACUGCCAUUUGACAUUAUUUUGGGUAGCAGCUUUCAAGAGGAUCUAACAGAUGCUUACAACUAUAGAAUUCUUAGCCGAAUUAUUCUUUGCAUGGAACAAGGUAUGGUUUUAAUACUCAAAGACCUAGAGUCUAUUUACGGUAGUCUAUAUGACAUGCUCAAUCAGAACUAUACUGUCGUUGGAAAAAAGAAACAUUGUCGAGUAGCAUUAGGCCAUUACAGUAAUCCGAUGUGCCACGUGCAUGAUGAUUUUAAAUGUGUUGUACUAGUAGAGGAGUCUAAAUUAGAUUAUUCUGAUCCACCUUUUCUGAACCGAUUUGAAAAACAACAAUUUGAAUUUUUUGAUCUACUUGAGAACGAGAACCUAAAAAAAGCAGUUUAUGAACUAAACAAUGAUAUAGUUAAUUUUUGUAAGAUUCCAAAUCACGCAUUUUCCCCUAAUGAUGUCAUUCCAUCAUAUAGUACACAUUUGCUGGUAUCACUAAUAAUCAAGCUACAGCAAAAUAUGGCUAGCACGAGUUCUUUAGAAAAUAUCAAAAAGAAUGCAUUUGAUACUUUGCUAUGGUUGGUGCCACCAGAAGUUGUUAUUCGCUCAAAGGAAAGUGAAUUUUACAAAUCAAAAAGUCCAAACGAAUUUGGUCAAAUUUUGAAUAAAUAUCUGGAAUUGCCUAUUCAUACAGGCUUGUUUCAUUUCCUUGACAAAAUGUGCAAUGCCUCUUUUGACGUGAUUAAAGAAAAGACGACCGAGAAAAGUAACAUUAAUUCAACUAUAUCAAAAGAUGGGGUUGAGAAUGAAAACUCGGCUACAACUCAAAUACCCUCCGAGAAUACUGACUAUAAUGGACAAGCGUCGUCAUGCAAUAUCUUAGAAGGUAAUGAUAACAUCUUGUCAAGACAGACACUGCCUACUGAUGUUUUUGAAAUAAAAAAUACACCCAAAGAACAGCUUUUACAUAUAACAUAUAUGAAGGAGCAACAAGUGCAUGGUGUUUGUGAAUACUUAAAUGUUAUCUAUACAUUUUCGGGUAUUAAUUCUUUCUUAGGACCUUUGAUCCAGAAUAAAAAAAUUCAGAGAGAAAAGUUGGCCAUUUUUAAAUCAGAAAAACAAUUUUCUUUUAAAAUUGACGAGUUUUUCCAGUCUGACAAUAGUAUUCUUGUGUUACAGUGUUCAUGUUCAACGGACAAUCGUCAUUUACUACUUGUAAAAGGAAUAAUAGAGAAAUACAUUCGAACGCAUAUGGUUGAUAUGCAUCAACAACAAAAACAUGUGUGUAUUGUUAUACACCUUGAACGAAACGUUGCUUCGGACAUACCAUUGAACUUUUUAUCUGGUUGGAGUUUAUUCUUUAUAGAUAGUAUUGAAACACCUUUAACGCCUUUGGAACAUUUGCUGAAUGUUGACAAACUACAAAUUGUUACAGAACGCAGACCUUUAGAUAACUAUAUCAAUAAAAUGCUGUUUUGGGCAUUUUCAAGAAUCAAAUUUACCAAUGGACAGAAUUCCGUGAAAAUCCUCGAGGAUGUAAUGAUGCAAAUUAAAUCAUGCAAUGAGGUCGUUUCUACUCUAGAGGAUUAUGUUCUCAUGUGGAUAAAGAAAACGUCACUUGAUCUUGAAAUACUGAGGACGAGUGGUUUUGAACAACAAGACUUUUGUUCAGCCUAUUGGUGCACAGAUGUGGCAAAAAAUCCACAUGAAUUACUAAAAGCAGGUCCCUUUGUGUGUGCGUUAGAAAAUAGCAUCUCAGACAUCAUAAGACUUCCACUUGCACCCUACAUCUUCAAACUUUUAGAGCAAAACGUACUCAGUCCCGUAUUUUUAGAGGACGCCUGCACGCCUGCAAGACGACAAAUUUGGAGACGAGUGGUUCUUUCAGAUAUUUAUGUAAAUACUGACGGUAUUCCUCUUCCAUCUGGACCAGAAUGCUACUUUUGUAGCAGUGAGCCUUUGAACUUUUAUAUGCCAUGUAGUCAGUCGUUAAUGCUGCAGAUAGACGAUCGAAAAGGCGAAUUUUUGGAUAUUAUCAGACGACUUCGAUUAGACAAUGAUAUAGACGUAGAUGACGAACUCCCAAGAGAUCUAUUUGACAAUGCAACAAAUAAUUGUAUUGAUAUUAUCUGUUUUGAAGCUGUUAGUAUAUCUGAAGAUUUACAUUAUCAUGGAAGGAAUAAAGAUUUUAUUCGGGAUUUUUGUAACUACUUUUCCGUUAAAAUACUGAAGGAUACGGACGAAUUGGAAAGAAUUGAUAUUUUCAAAUGGGCCAUAUCAAACUUUGUCGACUUUGAAAAAAUAGAAAGUGUUGAUUUUCUUACUCUUGUUGCGUAUCUUCAUGCAGGUUUGUGGGUAUAUGGGCACAUCAUCCAUGCAAUAUGCCAUAUACUUAAACUAUGCAUGUACUCAAUGGAUCUUUCAACUUUAAAUAUAGCGGAGCUGAUCUGUUUUCAAAACAAAAUCACUGGUAAGACAACUAAAAGUGCUGGAAAGGAGGAAAAUGUAAGCAUGAAGGAAGUCCAUAACACAAACAUUGAAAUGAUUGAAAACGGAAGCGAUUUUUUAAUGUUUGAUGAUCAAACAGACGAAAUGGUAGAAAUAAAGUGUCUGAUGGAAGAAAUGCUAACAUCUGUCGCAUUCAAUGACUCUUUUCCAACUACGAACGGAGUUAGUUCAAGUAGUAAUAUUUACAGCUUAUCAGAGGAAAAUGACGAUUUUACUGUUUGUGUCACAGAUUCUAAUGAGCAUGGCGAUAUCACCAUUCUAUCAAGAGAACAUUUUAUGAAAGUCCUAUGCAUGUCACUUCUACCAACAAAACAAGUAUUUGACACUCUAGUGGUUGAUGAAUGGAUAACCCUUGUCAGAAAUAUUUUACCUCUUGCGCAUAUCAUCAAUGAUGAAUGUGAUGAACUCACGGCUUUAAAAUUUUGUCAGGAAUUAACAGAAGAUUUCGUGAAAAAUGGUUUUUCAAUUUCCGCAUCUUGUAUUACUGAUUUAGGGCAAUGUAUUAUUGAUAACAAUGGAAAACUGGGUGCAUUGGCGGUAUGUGAGUGUUUAUACAAUAUUUUAAGGAAGCUACAGAUUGAACAAUCAGUGAAACAAGCCGUACUACAGAAACUUUUUUGUUCUUACAUACUGCGAUGUAUGAUAUCGUCCCCGGAAAAUACUGAACCGUUAACUUUUACAUUAAGUAAAAUCACAGAAAACGAAAUGUUCGACCCAGAAAUGUCAUAUUUUGGGCAGGUUGUGAAAUUUGCAGUAAUAAUAGAUUUGAACGACAAUAGAGACGCAUACUUUAAUAUCUUGAUAAAUGAAAAUUCAUGUACGACAGAUGAGAUUGUUGGCAUGUGCUUUGAUUCCUAUUUAGUUGAUCUGGACGUCACUGACAUCAAAAAUAUGUCUCUUCCAAUUUUAUUAUUACAUGUUCUCGAAAGCUACGCAUUUGACGACUACUUGACAAUUGAAAAUUUGGGAUCAGUACAGAGUAGUUCCGACGAAAUACUUCAAUGCUUGUCUCGUUCCUUUCAAAUUAUAGAGACUGGGAUUUUCUUUCUUAAGUUCGUUGUUGCAUUGGCUUUUGUGAAAAAAAUGUUGAUGGUUUUUGUCGAUUUACUUGAUACAACAAAAUACGACUGUUCUGCUAUGCCAACUCUUGCUCAGCACAUUAACUCAAUUAUGACAAUUAUAAGCAAUACAGAUUACAAUAUAUUGUUUUCAACCGAAACACUGCAUUUAUUCUUGAAACACCUAAAUCAGAAAUUUGGUUGCCAAGAUAUUGCGAGAAAAUGUCAAUUGAUGGAACCAUAUAUUCCGGUUUUAAAGGAAGUCGUGUCCACGUGGACGAUUAGUUUUGUAGAGAAAUCAGCAGUCUUCAAUCCAUUGUGUCUUUAUCUUGAUCCGGCGAGUUUUAACAUGUUCCUGAUUCAGAUGAAGAGCGUAGGCAGUAAAAAUAAAACGCUGCAUAUUCCUUUGUCAGAAAGACCUGACAUGCUGAAGUUUGUUGGUGUGCUGGCUCAACGUUUCUUUAUGAGAAAAUGUUUAAAAGAAAAUGAUGACACUGAGAUACAGAUAGCUGAACAAAUAUCAGCCAUGGUAGAUAAAGUAAAUAUUAAAGAAGAACUCAAAAGUAUUAUAAAUGGCUUACUUGGUGUACAGGAAUUUGAACAUAACUUGUUCAAUUUAUCUGUGAUGGUUCGUUCACCACAGCCACAGAUCACAUCAGUAAUUGUUCAUAUGGCUUGCAUAAUUGGAACAAUAACUCAUUACGAAUCAUUUUGGUAUCAAACUGUUAUAAUGCCUAUUUCCGCGGCUGUUAAUGGUUUACCACUUAUCCCGUUUGAACAAUUUGAAAACGAGUUACCAGAGGCAUUUGCAGGGAUGUCAAAGGUUUGUUGUAACAUUAUGCAAAUCUUUCUGCACAGCAGUUUAGUUAUAUCUUUUGGAUUAAACAAAAUAUCAUCUCUAAACGAACUGAACCUUAUAGGUUACGAAAAUGACUACAUUGACAAGCAGAUUCGACUGUACUGGCAGAAUUUGCAACAAGUGCUUCAGUUGAGCUGUGAUGAUAUAUGUAUUAUACUGCAUUCUAUCCUUUUCAAUUCUCUUCACCUGUUUACAGCCGAACCCGAUGGCACCAGUUUAAAAGAGUCAGUUAGCCUUUUGGUGCAGAAACAUGUAUUUGUUAUCAACGAGAUUUUAUCAAAUAGGUUUGCCCAUGUCCGGUCAUUAAAACGCCACUGUGCAUUGCUAUGUAGUGAAGGUGCCUCAUCAGUGGAAAAUUGUGUGACUGGGGUGGAUCCAUGCAAUUACAAUGUGAACAUUAACAGUUUUACGCAUUUAUUCAGAGUUUACAUUAAACCAACUAAAGAAAGUUUAUUAGCAAAUCUCAACAUUGCCGCGAGAAACGAUUUCCCCGUACUUCAUUUGGUGAUUGACCACAUGGAAAAAUUAAGUUUACCGCAAAAGAUACUGUCGAUUUGGAAAUGGCAUUUAUCGUUAGUAAUUUAUGCAAGUUACAAGUAUCGCAAGGUUGAUUUUAAAGAUAUCACAAUAACAAAACUUUUCGCCGAGGAAAAUGAUGAUAAAAAGAAACAGGUACUAAAAUUUAGAUUUGAAGCAUUUAAAAACGAUUGGAAUGACAUACGAUCGUUUCACUGUUUCCAGUCAUGUGAUAAAGAUUCUGAAACACUAGAGAUAAUGCAUACAAUGUUAAAGAUGAGCUCUGCCACUAUUAUUGGAGAAAACUCGCCACUGUAUAGAGUACUAGAAAAAUUGAUACAAAUUCAAAAUAAUUUCCUAUCUGAGGCAUGUAGUAUGAAAUCCGUGAAGGAAAAUCCCAUAACUGUGUCGUUGCUAGAUAUCAAAAGUAAAGAUUUAUUGAAUUUUAAAUGGAGUGACCGUUUUCUUACAUUCUCGCAAUGUGAUACAAGAUAUGGUUUAGAUCAAAAAAUAGAUUUUGAUUUUGAAAAGAUAGAACAAGAAAUCAAGGCAGAAGUAUUGUUUGGAAAAUGUUUUCUAACCAUACAGGAUCUCCCACAAAUUGUUUUUUCUGACGAGUUGUUCCAAAAUACGGUAGAACUUUUAAAAGAAAUCCAACGCAAUGUUAAACAGUGUGAUUUAACACAAGAUAUUAAAAAGGAAAUAGUGCAUAAAAGAGACAGAGAUGCAUCACAAAUAACAAACAUGUUGACACAAACUGGAAUGGUCAUAUCACUUAUCCGAAAGACAGGAGCUGAUUCAGCCCAACCUAUAGUCGAAUAUCUACCUAAAUGGGAAAAUGUUUCAGGAAUUUCAUCUUUAGAAUUGAAACAGCUUUUACCUAGAGACAUCAAGAUUGGACAUAUCAUUCCCUUCUAUCAAUUUUUAGAAGAACUAAACGGAGACAGUAUAGCGAGCACGCUUGAAGAUCAAUAUCGUAUACACCUUCCAAGAGAAGGAAGAGAAAAUUUGAUUAAAAUAUCAAACUGUAACUCAAAAACUGAGAAAUUAGAUCAUGCGUUAAAGGUAUUUGUACAUAGAUGUCUGUCGUCAAGUAAUAAUGUUAUUCGAACGGAACAACCAUUGAUUGACUACAUAUGUGAUGAACACUUUUGGUGGAAGGACGAUUUUCAAAAUGAACUUGUUUUGUCUGGACAGAGCGGAUUUCCUCUCAGAGAGAUAUUGUCGCCAACAAUUCAAGUUAAACACAUCUAUGAAACCAUUCAGUUCAUAAAAGAUCUUUUGGAGGACUCUAAACAAAAAGCAGCACGUCUAUCAGGUAUUAACUCUUCAUAUAAGACUGCUAAACAAACCGAAUUGCCAAAACGAACAAGAAGCAAAGCAGCGAUGAAAAUGAUGAGAACUUAAACAAGCAAGAUUUGAGGGAACAGUUCAUCGGGAACCC